AUGAUGCAAAAAUCCGAGCAGCUUGCAAGUACAUCUCAUUGGACGAGGUGGAUCUUUGAAUGGGUGUCAUGGAGCGGGAGACGUACAAGCAAGACUGCAGUCAUUGCACUGUACCCAGGAGUGGAGGAUGACCAUCGCAAUAUGCAGUCCGACUUAACCCAGAUUGUAUGGGCAGCACGGACGAGAGGAGUGUCCAGUCACGUGGAGGAGGGACAGUACUAUCAGGAUUUUACUCAUGUCACGUUGUUCUUAUUGUUCAGGGGUCGACUAUCAGCCUAUGAGUGGGACCGGCUGUACCUUGAGGGAUUCGAAGCAUCCUCCUUACAUGCCAUCAAAAAUCGACUGGUGAUUAAGGUUCCCGAUCAGAAUCCAGACAAUCUGUACAUGAUAUCGGAAGUCCAUUCUGCAGCGCAGCAUGUUCUCAGUGGGAGUGAGAGUGCAUUGAGCACUGUGGCAGUGUCAAAGCCGAGUGCAGAGACAGUGAAGUUGGAAGGGAAUGAGACAGAUGCGAUGCAGUUUCUAGUGAACGUGUUGCAGCAAGCGAUGCGAACAUCGGGAGGGGGACAGGCACCGAUAAUGCAGGCCAACAUUCAGGUGGCAGUCGCACAAAACCCUCUUCAACAAGCACUCCAUGCCUGUAACUUCUGUCUAGCUAUCGACCAUUUUAUGCAAAACUGUCCGCGCAUCAAGAAUUACAUCAGGGUGUGGAAGAUUAAUUGUGAUGCGCUUAGUAGGAUCAUUCUCCCGAAUGGACAGUUCGUUCCUCAUGACCUACCUGGACAUAGCAUGGCAGAGCGCAUUGAUGCAUGGCAUGAUAUGUAUCCUGGGAACCUUUUUGGUGAUGGUCCAGGGCCAUCCGCAGCACCUCCACCCAAUGUUUCCAGGGAUGGGCGUGACCAGCCUCUGCAUAUGGUUAGCAUAUGGGAGAUUGUGAAGGAGGCCCUUAACCCCAAGAAACCAUCCUCUGCAUACAUUGAGGAAUGUCUCGAUGACUCUGCAGCAUCAGUACUAGAAGCCAGCAUGGCUCUGAAGAAAAAGACAGUUCAGUUCGAUGACAGCACCGCAGGGAAGUCUGCAAAGCAUCCUCCCAGUGUUCCGGCCUCCCAGAUUCCCGCUUCAAUCCUUAAGCUGGCGUCAGAUCCAUCUGUGACACUGAAAGGGGGUGCGAAGGCAUCUUUUGCAUCUUCGGGAAACUGGGCUAUGCAAUACAGCUACAAGACACCGGUCGAGGACAAGGAACUGAUGGCAUUGUGCUCAGAGAUUCGUAAGCUUGAGAAGGAGGAGAUUACUGUGAAGCGAGUGGCGACGAUGGGAAGCUUCGAGGGUGCGGACGGCGAGGAGGUUGCGGAGGCUCUCUUAGUGGACUGGGCCCAUCCUUCAUCUUACACUCUUGGCGGUGGGCCCACUGCUCAGAAGUACCCCUAUGGUGGUGGGCCCACUGCUCAGAAUAACAUCUAUGACAGUGGGCCCACUGCUCAGAAGUACCCCUAUGGUGGUGGGCCCACUGCUCAGAACAUCACCUAUGGUGGUGGGCCCACUGCUCAGAAGUGCCCCUAUGGCGGUGGGCCCAUUGCUCAGAAUAACAUCUAUGACAGUGGGCCCACUGCUCAGAAGUACCCCUAUGGUGGUGGGCCCACUGCUCAGAACAUCACCUAUGGCAGUGGGCCCACUGCUCAGAACAUCACCUAUGGCGGUGGGCCCACUGCUCAGAAGUGCCCCUAUGGCGGUGGGCCCAUUGCUCAGAAUAACAUCUAUGACAGUGGGCCCACUGCUCAGAAGUACCCCUAUGGUGGUGGGCCCACUGCUCAGAACAUCACCUAUGGCGGUGGGCCCACUGCUCAGAAGUGCCUUUAUGGCGGUGGGCCCAUCACUAAAUAA